AAAUAUCCAAUUAUUUACACCAACUCCAUACUCUGAUAUUCAUCCAUAUGGACAAUCAGGACGUGUUGCUGGAAAUAUCGGUGUAUGUUCGCAUAAUGUCGCCUUGGCAUUAAUCAAACUCGACAAAAUUGAUGUAGAUGAUCUUGUAGUAUAUGCUGAGGAAAAAAAGCAGAUAUAUAGGGUGAAACCAUUUAUGCCAAAUUGGUGGCCUCAAGAUGAGAAUGAACAAAAACAAAAAUAA